GCUAACAUGGCGUUGAACGCCAUGUCUGUUAUCUUUUUCACUCUACAGUGAAUGUAAAAUCCAUAUAAAUAUCAUGACCUUAAUGACAGUACCUUGCUCAAUUCAAACGUGAUCUUAGCUGCUCCUUAUUCUCUUUUUUUUUUUUUCCCUGGUCUGUUCGCUAAACACUAACAUGCAAGCUCACAGUACUGUCCCUGAUCAUACCGAAACCCACAUGCGAUCCCAUCCUCACAACCUAAUGACAGAAGUCAAAGUGAAACACUGUCGCGCUGUCAAAUCAUGCGCCACUUUUGUCUUGCGUUCGUUGCUUGGACGCAAACCAGAAAAGCCAUGCGUGCGUAAACCGGUCUCCUUCACUAUGGUGAAUGCCAAUGAUUUCCGUAAGAAAGAACCGUGCUGCCAUUCCGCCUCGUCCAUGGAUGCUGUCGGAAAACAACAUCAUCCUCAGAAAAAAGCAGUACUCACUCAUAGCAAGCCAAGCAACCCAGAGAAAACGCAACCGAAAGAAAGAUGUGCAAUGGAACGUCAGUAUACAGAUCGGGACCGUCAACGAUCGAGCACAGCCCUUAGUACCAGAAAACAUGACCAUCGAAAAUUGAUGCAAUCCAAGAGUGAAGAAAGUAUCGCAAGGACAGUAACAGCCGUUCACAUUUCCUUAUCACCUCUCUCUGCUGCAGCGGCAUCGGCUGCACGCAGUCGAAGACGUCCUGCAGCCAAUCGACCAAGAAAGCAUAUUUGCCAUGCUUAAACAUUCUGUAUUUAUCAUGCACCUAUGUAUCGUUGUAUAGCUUAGAGUGAUGCAG